AUGUCGAUACUUGCGGAACCUAGGCGGAAGCAGAGAAUAAGCAUUGAUCCACGGAACCUUGCUUGGAAAAACGAUAAAGGGAAUUUUGGGAGAGUAAUGUUGGAAAAGAUGGGUUGGAAACCUGGUAAGGGAUUAGGUCGUGAAGAACGAGGACCAUGUGAGAACUUGAAGCUCAAUUUUAACGCCAGCAGGAAAGGUAUGGAUUUUUACUUAUGCCUGGGUUGCAGCAGUGUCGUUGCUGAUACGUGGGUUGAACACCAUGACGAUUUUGAAAAACUGCUAGCUUUUUUAAAUAAGAAAAAAAGUAACCCUAAGAGCGAAGAAUGCUCACGUCAACAAUAUUCUCUUGAACAGCAGUCGAAGUUAAGCAAAGCGAGAGUACAUUACCAGAAGUCUGCUCGCAGCAAAGAUGUAGCACAGUACUCUGAACAAGAUAAAGUUGCUGUGUUGGGUCCUAUGAAACCUUCUAAAAACGGUAAUCAAAAACGGAAAGUUGAAGAGCUUUCGGAGGCGGUGCUUGUGGACACAUCCAGUACAGUACAGAGCGAGUUGUCAAUGAAAGAUUAUUUUGCUAAAAAAUCAAAAAGACUUAAAUCAAGCUUGGGCCCGGUGAAGAAUAAAGGCAAAAUUGAAACUAUAAUGAUGUGCAAACACUUCAUUAAUGGAAGGUUGAAUACGAGUGUCUGUCAUUUGAUGACUUUGCUAGCUGCAGUCGAGUUACGUCCUCUUCGAACGCAUAUCAUUUGUUUCAUUUACCAACAGUCCAGUCGAACGUUACACAAUUCUGACAAAUAUUCUGUGGAAUUGUGGGCACGGUCGGCGGUAUUGUCGGUAAAGUUGGCGGAAUUGUCGGAAUUGUUGGCACUGUUUGUGGAAUGGUCGGUAUUGGUUGAUUUUGACCACAUGAAGUCGAACAAGCGUUCCAGCAUACAGGUGUACAUUGGGUAUGUAUACAACUUGCUUGACAAGUCUGCAGACAAGUUGGUUGACACUGCUGUACUGGAACACCGCAUUGACACUGUGACACCACCUGAGGACAGCUACAAUACAUCUGAAUUGAAAGUACCACGGGGACGCAAGUGCAUGACGAAGUCGAGC